GCUGCCCUGAAAAGCGGAACCAGCUGGGUUUUGUGUUACGAAGAAGUCGUAAACUUUCCGUAGCUACCAAAUAUACUCUGUCUCUCUCUCUCUCAAACUGAUCCAUUUAUCAAAAGAGAUUAUUCACAUUACGUUUCCAUCAUUGCUUUCUUUGUUCCUUCUAAAGCAGGUACGACCAAAUUCUCUCUCUCUCUCUCUCUCUCUCUCUCUCACGCACACAGAUACAUAUAUGAAGCGUUUCAGAAGAUACUAACAGCUCACGAAGAUGAACGCGUUUCGCUUUGUGUUACCGACGCUGCUGCUGCUGCUAACGUGCGCGCCGCGGUGGAUCAGCUCGCGGCGCGUCGAGAUGACUCUCGUCCAGAACGCUUCGUCGAUCGGCGCAUAUUGCUUGGACGGAAGCUUGCCGGCGUAUCAUUUGGACGGAGGAUUUGGAGCAGGGGCGAGCAACUGGCUUUUGCAAUUUGAGGGUGGUGGGUGGUGCAACGACCUCAAAUCCUGCCUCGACCGAGCCACUACUCACCGAGGAUCCACUCUUCUCAUGUCUAAGGUUGAGAUUUUCUCCGGCAUUUUGAGCAACAACGCCUCCUUAAACCCCGAUUUUUACAACUGGAACCGUGUAAAGCUAAGAUACUGCGAUGGUGCCUCAUUUGGCGGGGAUGCUGUAUUUGAUAAUGGAACAUCAUUGCUUUAUUUCAGAGGGCAAAGAAUCUGGCAAGCAAUCAUUCUUGAUCUUCUCCCAAAAGGCUUAGGCCAAGCAAAAAAGGCUUUGCUAUCUGGUUGCUCUGCCGGGGGCUUGGCCACCUUUCUGCAUUGUGAUGACUUGACUACGUAUUUGCCAGAAGAUGCAAGCAUAAAAUGCCUAAGUGAUGCUGGGUUCUUUCUUGACGCACGAGACGUUGCUAUGAACCACAGCAUGAGAUACUUCUACAACGGCGUAGUCUCUCUGCAGUGUUUCUUCCCACAAUAUGUACUGCCAUAUAUCAAGACGCCCUAUUUCAUCUUGAACACAGCAUAUGAUGUGUAUCAAUUUCAUCACAUCUUGGUGCCUACGGCUGCUGAUCCCAACGGUCACUGGUAUCACUGCAAACUUAGUCCUAAAGCUUGUAAUGAAGUCCAGAUAGCUACUUUACAAGGAUUCAGGAGAUACAUGCUCGAAACGCUGCAGCCUUUUUACACGAACUCAACAAGUGGAGGGAUGUUCAUAAACUCUUGUUUUGCUCAUUGCCAAAGCGAAUUACAAGACACUUGGUUAGCACCAGACUCUCCAAGAGUAGACAAUAAGACCAUCGCAGAGGCCGUGGGUGAUUGGUACUUCAGCAGAAGGAUAAGCAAGCAGAUAGACUGUGAAUAUCCUUGUGAUAGCAGUUGCCAUAAUCAGAUCAACUGAUGAUAUGUAGAGUCAGGGAUUUGUUUAUACAAAGAAGAAUAUAUAGAAAUAUUCUUUAAAGAGAAGUUUUCAUUCUCGAAGAAGGCAGCUUGAACAAAAAAAUUUAGGCCAUAGGAUGAGAUCCACUACCAUUCAUCCCCCAAUUGGAUAGUAUUAUUUAUAACGAGAUUUGCAAUAAAGUUAUAUUGUUAUA